AUGAUUUUGAUAAAAUUAACAAAAGAGAACUGACAGUGUUAUCAUAACUCUCUUUUUGCGUGUUGGGUUUGGAACAUUCGUUUGGUUCGUUGAUUUCUUCCAUCCCUUCACAGAAUCAAUCCAGACAGAGCGAUCAAUGGAGUGAAGUUGUUGUUGGAGGGGAUGAUGAACGAGUUAAACCCUCUGUGUCUCUGAAGAGUGACCCUUGGAACUUGCAAUUUUGAAGAAAAGGAAUCUGGUGACUGGUGUGGUUUGUGAGAUUAAGAAGAACAAAGAUUAUAGACAUGGCAACGGGUGAAGGUGACACCCCAAGACAAGAGCUUUUCCAUCUUAUCAAACGCUUCGGUGCUUAUGUCACUCUCAAGAUCUCCAACCUCUUCUUCUCCAUCUCCCUCCACAACCUCGAUUCGCGCUCUAUUGGGGCUGUAGCUGGUCUUGCUGUUGCCAUUGUUUUCACAUGGAGGAUGUUGAGAUCACCUUCUGGAUCUCAACGCAGGCAACAAAAACGGCAAGGUGCUUCAUCUAGUAAUUCUGGAGUCGGUGCACAUUCUAAUGCCUCGGUAGCUCCUCCUGAAGUUUGUUCACCCUCAGAUGAUUCAAGGGCACAAAAUGUUGUUGAUGAGUUCUUUCAGCCAGUCAAGCCAACUUUGGGGCAGAUAGUUAGACAGAAAUUAAGUGAAGGAAGAAAGGUAACUUGUCGACUUCUUGGAGUGAUCCUUGAGGAAAGUAGUUCAGAGGAGCUUCAGAAACAAGCAACUGUGAAGUCCUCUGUGCUGGAAGUGUUGUUGGAAAUAACAAAAUUUUGCGAUUUAUAUCUCAUGGAACUAGUUUUGGAUGAUGAAAGCGAGAAGAGAGUACUUGUUGCAUUAGAAGAAGCUGGGGUAUUCACUUCUGGUGGUUUGGUUAAGGACAAGGUUCUCUUCUGUAGCACAGAAAAUGGACGAUCAUCGUUUGUUCGGCAAUUGGAACCGGAUUGGCAUAUUGACACGAAUCCAGAAAUCAUCAAUCAGCUAGCUAGGUUUAUCAAGUAUCAACUUCAUGUAUCGCCCUCUAGGACCGAACGAACAGCAGCCAAUGUGUUUAGUGCUCCUUCCCUGGAACAGUUCUUUGGAUCCAUAUAAGACUCAAACCUCCACAAAUCAAAUGUUUUUUAUGAACUUCUACUAGUUUCUUCCUCUAUGAAUUGUGGAUUCCACCUUCACCACACUUUACUUUUUUCUCAGCUGUUUUAGUUGUUUGAGAAAUAGGUUAUAUGAUGUUGUUAUUCGAGCUUAAUAUGGGUUAUCACCCUGCAUAGGUGAAAAGACAUGCAAUGUAUGUGCAAUGAUGCUUUAAGGAAGAAGUAUCAUUUUCUUUC